UUGUGUGUGAGUCCGGGACAGGAGUGGAGCCGUGAGACUCGGGCUGGUGUCGUCGGUGUGUCAGCGGGAGCCCGGAGCUACAGAGGCCGUCCUCAGCGAACAGGCCACAAUGCCAGUAGAGAGGAUGAGGAUGCGACCGUGGCUGGAGGAACAAAUAAACUCAUGUCAGAUACCAGGGCUGAAAUGGGUUAAUAAGGAAAAGAGAAUCUUCCAGAUCCCGUGGAUGCAUGCUGCGCGCCAUGGCUGGGACCUGGAGAAAGAUGCACCGCUCUUCAUGAAAUGGGCCAUACACACUGGUAAAUUCCAGCCAGGCAUAGACCGUCCGGACCCAAAGACGUGGAAGGCUAAUUUCCGCUGUGCCAUGAACAGUCUGCCAGACAUCGAGGAAGUGAAGGAUAAGAGCAUCAAGAAGGGAACUAACGCCUUCAGAGUUUAUAAGAUGCUCUCCUCCACAGAGAGGAGUAUGAAGAAAGGAAAGAAGAAGUCCGACAAAGAGGGGAGGCCCAAGGAAAAUAAAGAGGUACCUUCUCAGAUUCCAGAAAGAAUUCUCCAAGCUCAUGCUGGACCUAUCGACUAUUCCAAACAGGAAGAGGUCAAGCACGAACCCAUAGAGUCAACAGUGAUGGACAGUGCCUCAGCCAUUCACAGCUCAAUGGAAGACCACGUGAUCACGAGCGAGCAGCUGCCAUUCGUCUGUCAGACAAUUGAAGUAACCACUGAGAAUGAGGAGCAAACGGUUAGCUCCUCCCACUCGUACCCGCUCCAAAUCUCCCCUGUUUCUUCAUGCUGCGGCAGUGACACAGACAGUGACACAGAAGACACCAAAGAGGGUAUCAGUGCAGUCUGGAGGCGGGACUACAGCACAUCAGUCGUCAGAGUUCCCACAUGUUCUCUUCCCAGCAUGGCCACUUUCGUCACCGCCAACAAGCCGAACUUCAGGGUCACCAGCAUGCGGGACCCAGACCCACUCAUCAGCUACCACACGGACGGCUGGACGUCGGCCUACAGCCAGAACUCUCUCGUGUCUCCGGGGACCAGCCACACCCAUGAGAUGCGCGCAAGUGUCAUAAUGAAAACCUCCGACGCUACCUCUUCCUGACCCCAGAAGGGGGGUAUCCUAGCUGUUGUCAGAGCAUAGGAAUGACAGAGAAUGUUGUUUUUCUUCAUCAGGGCCACUGUGAUUUUGAUUGUAGCUUCGGUGUGGGACAUUAGUCCCCUGAGUUUUCCUUUUGAUUGGAAAAAUUGCUGACUGGUUUUCAUGAUAUUCUCCGGGGCUUGACUUGCUCACUAAUUGGGGAACACUGAAGUCUUUCAAACUGUCCGCAUCUGUACGACUGCGACAGUUUGUGUAAAUUUCAUCAAGUUCCCAUGUCUGCAAGGAUUUGUGAACAAUCCCUGUCCAGGUUAAACUGUAGGAACACGUGGAAUGUACACGCCGGCAAUCCUGAAUCUAGAGUGUAUAAGUGGGAUGUGUGAUCACAUUUGUUCCGGAAUAUAUUUAGGCUUUAUCAUCCAUGUGUCAUAGGAAGAUAAUUUUCCCUGCUGCUUGUUGUUGACACUUUAGAACACCAUGGUCAGUGAAGAGAGGAUUUAGCACUUUUACAUAAUUUCUUAAGAUGGAUUUUAUGAGUAAAAAUAUCUUUUGUAGAUGCAUAGUCUAGCUGUGACCAGGUUUUCAUAUUAAUCAACAGUUUCAUUUUUUUUAAGCUGUUAAUAGCCUCCAGUCAAUCCACACUUUCAGUGCCUAUGUCAAAUAGUCCCUAUUAGUUCAUCACAGGUGGAUGAUAUUGUAUGUAAAACUUAUUUUGAAUAUAAAACCUAAUUGUACACACUUAAUUUAAAAUAACUUACUUACAGAUUAAGUAUUAGAAGCCGUUAAAAACAAAAUGUUUUGAUAUCACUGUUUUGUUUCCUAGUCUCAAUGUCUAUGUGUGCACAAACAUCCUCUUUUAUGUCUUAAUUUUUUAUUGCACCAUAAAUGGGAAGAGAACCAUUUACUUACUAUUUCAAAAGAGUUGAACCUUGAGCAGGAAACAUUGUCUAAAAUGAUUUACUGUGACACAUGGAUGGAACAAAGAUUACGUAAGCCUAGAAGCAAACUGUUGAUAACAGAGGAACCAAAAAAAACAAAUGUUAUGAGGAAGUUAAAGUCUCUGUCGGCAAACCAGCUCCACUAGCAGCAAGUCACAAGAAGAAUCAGAGGCACGUUGUUGACAAUCAUGACAAUCAUUGAUAUGCCCCGAAUUGCCCCAUGCAAGCAGGUGUGUGUGUGUGUGUGUUUGUGUGUGUGUGUGCGCGCGCCUGUGAACUUGUAAGUCUGGAAACCUCAGGUAAAAGUGCCCCCCUACACAGAGAGAUGAACUGACAAGAUGAACGACAGACAUGCUGACAGACAGACUGACAAGACUGUGAACAAUGGAUUUCUUCCGCUCUCUCCUGCCUCCUGGUGUUAAUAAUGUACAUAGCUCAUAUGUAUGUAUGCCUGCAAACUGCUUCUGCACCUUAUGGACAGCACUGGUGUGUGUGUGUUUGUGUCUGUGUGUGUGUGUGUGUGUUGGGGAGAUGGUAUUGAAGGUGUGUGGAUGGAUACAAAUGAUCAAUGCUUUAGUCUGCUAACAGCUUAAACCUCAGUCGAUUCUGAUGCUCAGUUGUCGCAGUGCAAGCAUCAUGUUAAGCACAAAUUUUCCCAAUCUGUAAAUCUCAACACAAAGAAAGACAUUAUAUUGAAGUGUAUGCACAGAAUGAUAAACUUGAGCAUCAAAGGAAGAUCUUCUUUCCUUUAAUUGUCUCUCUUGCCUGUAAAGAAGCAAGCCUGGUGGUCUCUGUAUUAUUUGGCAAAAUAUAAUUAACCAAGAAGAAGUAGGUUAUGAAAUGUUCAUAUUCCAUCUUCUGAGAGUCAUGUCUCCCUGUGUUCUGAACUACGCUGAGUGAAUCAGAAAGCUACUGGUGUGUUAGCAGCUAGCAGGCUAAAGCGCAUACUUCAUUCCCAGGCUGCUUUCAGCCAAGCCCCAGCUCUUGUGGAUAGACAGGAUGCUGCCAUGUUUGUGAACCAAACCCCUGUAGAUUUUGACACUGGACGCACAUUAUCAUCAUGGUGAAAUUAUUUAAGGUUCUCAUUAAAUCUAAGGCGUAUGGGUUUACUUGACAGCAGAUGUGGAAUAGAUGUCGCUUUUCCAAAUGUUUCUUCAACGUGUUUUUUUUUUUUUUACAUGAGUCACAUAUUGAAAGAUAAUGGAACACUUCAUAGUACUUAGAAAUGCUCCUCAAUCUUCUUUAGUGAUUCGUGUUCUUCCGCUCACAGCCUCUUUGAGUGCUGUAUUUUUACAACCAUGUCAUUAUGACCAAAUCAGAUGCUUUUCUUUGACUAGGUUUACUUGGAAACCAAUAUUCUGAUUAAGAAAAUAGUCCAAGGAAGACACUAUCAUGUAAACAGCAUUCUCUGAUUACCUUAACCUGAAUAAUAAUAAUAAUAUUAUUAAUUAACAGUUAACAUGUAUACACACAGGAAUAUGAAUGGGAUAUUCUGUUGGCAAAUUGUGUAAACAUCAUAAAUAUCUUAUUCAGAUUAAGGUCGAUAGUCAGAUUAUUGGUGUCCAUGUAAACCUAUUUGGUAAAGGAGCCAAAAUUGUUGUUUCAUUGCAUGCAUAUGUUAUUGUUCAUAUUAGGCCUUUGCACCAACACAAAUGUGUUAAAUUAAAUUAAAAUUGUAGUGAUUUCAACAUUGAAGCAUGAGCUGACUUGAAAUCGAUGUGUUCUAAUUAAUGAUGGCGUUUUUUGAUUAUUAAACGUUCAGAUCCUUCUGCCUUCACAAGCCUGACCAUGGAUACUUUUAAAAGAAGUUGUCAUGGAACAACUCAAGUGCACUUAAACCUGGAGCCUAUUUCUCUUUCUGUCUAUGCUAAAGGGACGUCAUUGCAGCCAAAAGUUAGCAGGGAAAAGUGGGUAGUGAUACUGUUAUUUGUCAUGAGGUUGUCUGAUCUUUCUAACCUGCCUCCACUUUAUGAGAUUGCUUACUUUUACUUUUGAAACUGAGGUGUGCCUCACUGUCGGCACUUUGCACGUAUGAUAAAAAACAAUAUUACCAUUCAACUCCCAAGGUUAAGCAACACAGGUAACUGCCCAGCUAAUAUAAACUGGACCCACAAUGUGUCAUCACUGUUUAUUCUGCAACAUUAUGAAAACUACAUGUGGAUCAACAUGUAAAUCUGAAUAAAGACCGUUUUUUUGUAUUUA